CAAUGAGCUGGGACCGGAUGCGAUAUAUCCUCUGGGACAACAACUGCUCUGUUCCUCCUCAGAUCCACAUGACGCCAUUUACUGCUGCUUUUGCAGAGAGAUCACCCUACCUCCUCCGGAAAGGAAAAGAGAGAGAGGGAGCGCGAGCAGAAAAACGCCAAGCCCCUGCAGCUCAGAUCUCAAAUCUUUCUCCUCCUCCUCCAAACACACAACAACAGGCACCACCACAAAUCCGCUGCGCUUCCAAAACACCCCCUGAUUGCAAACCACAGCGCUGCCUGCAACACUCACACGCUCACAGAGGGAGCGAGAAAGCUAACGAGAGAGGGGAGCUUGCAGCUUCUCAGCAGAACGGCUACACUGCACAGGCUGCGUUUUUGCAGGAAGAAAAGCUUUGGGAUUUUAUUUUAGAUGCACUGUAUUGGGUUUGCUUUGGCUUCUCCCUCCCCUCCCGCCCCUUGAUCAUUUGCAACAACAAAAAAAGUGACUUGGUAUUGGCGAUUGAGGGGGCGGGGGGAGAGGAAAUAGUGUAUGAGUGAUUUCUUUUUAGGAGCAAAGAAAUACCCACCCGACCUGGAGACCUUUUCUAGAGGUUUAUAUUUAUAAUCGAUCUGGGGACACUGAGGUCACUUUGCUCUGGAUUUUUUGAGAUGAUGGUGAUGAUGAUUUGCAAGUUGGACUAAAGCUGAGUUUGGAAAAGAAUUUUUUUUUUUUUUUUUUUUUUUUUUUGCUGCUUUAGGCUGGAUUUACUUGCAAACCGCAGGAAGAAGAAAACACGAGAGAGAGGGGGGGUUGGUGCUGUGCCGCGAUCACGAAUAAAGACAGCAUAUGGAGAUGUUCACUGUUGAAGUGUCUGUUUGGAUAUAUUUUACAAUACUGUGGUGUAGUAUUAUUUAUUGAUGGAGUUCAGAUGUGUUCUAAGCCUGCUGGAGUGACCACUCUUCAGGAUACUGAUGGAGACAAGAGCUCAGAAUGGCAGUGGGUCCCAGUCUUUGCUACAGGUUCGGCAUGACGGUGGGAGGCAGCAGGGAGACUCUGACCUGAGGGAUGUUCUGACACAGCAGGUUCAUGUGUUGUCACUGGACCAGAUCAGGGCCAUCCGAAAUACAAAUGAGUACACAGAGGGACCUACAGUGGCUCCACGACCAGGGGUUAAACCUGCCCCUCGUCCAGCUAGCCAGCACAAAAACGAAAGACCUCAUGGCUUGCCUGAACAUCGUCAUCUUACCAGGGUCCAACAUACACAGGUACAUUCUUCCUCCCGGGCACCCUUGUCCCGUUCCAUCAGUACGGUCAGCACCGGUUCACGGAGCAGUACAAGGACAAGUACAAGCAGUAAUUCAUCUGAACAAAGACUUCUAGGAUCAUCUUCUGGGCCAGCGGCUGAUGGGAUAAUCAGGGUGCAGCCCAAGUCUGAGUUCAAGUCAAGCGAGCUGAAGCCCCUGAGCAAAGAAGACUUGGGCAUGCAUGCCUAUAGGUGUGAGGACUGUGGAAAAUGUAAGUGUAAGGAGUGCACUUCUCCAAGGACCCUACCAUCCUGUUGGAUCUGUGACAAGCAGUGUCUUUGCUCAGCCCAGAAUGUGGUUGAUUAUGGGACUUGUGUUUGCUGUGUGAAAUGCCUCUUCUAUCACUGCUCUAAUGAUGAUGAGGACAACUGUGCUGACAACCCAUGCUCUUGCAGUCAGUCACAUUGCUGCACUAGAUGGUCUGCCAUGGGUGUUGUAUCCCUCUUUUUGCCUUGCUUGUGGUGUUACUUACCAGCCAAGGGUUGCCUUAAAUUGUGCCAGGGGUGUUAUGACUGGGUAAACCGGCCCGGAUGCCGCUGUAAACACUCAAACAUAGUUUGUUGCAAAGUUCCCAGUAUUCCCCCCAGGAACUUUGAAAAGCCAACAUAGCAUCACUAAUCGGGAAUACUAAAGUUAUAAGGAUUCUUCUAACACACAUAUGCAACCAACUAAACAGCUAUAACCUUGGCACUGUUUUUAGAAGGGUUGGGGGUAUACUUUGCUGUUUGCAGUGAACUGCUUUUCUGCAUGUGUGCCAUCUUAACUGAUAUGCUUGUUAGAACCUAGCUAAUGGAGCUCAAAUAUGGGAUGCAGUACUUUGGGACCCAUAUAUUGCAUAAGCUAAAGCAACACAGACACUCCUAGGUGACUCUAUUGUUUGUGAAUAGUACUUGCAAAAUUUGUAAAUUAGCAAAUGACUCCUUUUUUUUAUUGUUUUCUGCCAGAGAUAAUGUGCUAUAUUUUUGUAUAUACGAUAAUAUUUUCAACUGUGAAAAAAAAAAGUGGUGUCAUAGAACAUGGCACAGUCACAAAAUAUUAUACUAAUAUGUUGUACAUUCGGAAGAAUGUGAAUCAAUCAGUAUGUUUUUAGAUUGUAUUUUUUGCCUGACGGAAACCCUCUAUUACAAGACUUUGAUUUCUCUUUGGACUUCAUGUAUAUUGUACAGUUUCAGUAAAAUUCAGCCUUUAUUUUCUAAUUUUUUUCAACAUAUUGUUUAGUGUAAAGAAUAUUUAUUUGAAGUUUUAUUAUUUUAUAAAAAAGAAAUAUUUAUUUUAAGAGGCAUCUUACAAAUGUCACCCCUUCUUAUGAGGACGUCAUAGUUGCUGCAAAUAAGGGGUGACAGAUGCAUAUGUUCACUAUAAAAUAGAAAAUAUAUUAACGUUUGAAAUUAAA